AUGUCCUCCUCAACCCGCCGCCUCCUAAAAGAAACAACCGACCUCCAAAAAAACCCCUCCCCCCAUUUCACCGCCGCCCCCAUCUCUGACUCCUCUCUCCACGACUGGCACUUCACCCUAACCGGCCCCCCCGCCCCAUCCCCCUUCAGCACCGGAAUCUACCACGGCCGCAUAACCUUUCCACCAACCUACCCCCUCCGCCCACCUAGUUUCCGCUUCCUAACACCCUCGGGCCGCUUCGAAGUCAACCGCGAGAUUUGUCUGAGUAUCUCGGGGCACCAUGAGGAAUCUUGGCAGCCGGCGUGGGGAGUGAGGACGGCGCUCUUGGCAAUUCGGAGUUAUAUGGAUAUUGAUGCGAAAGGGCAGGUUGGGGGGUUGGAGAUGUCAGAACAGGGGAGGAGGGAGUUGGCGGGGGAGAGUCGCGCGUGGAGGUGUGGGGUUGAGGGGUGCAAUGGGGGGAAGACGAAUGAGGAGGUGUUGAGGGAGUGGAGGGAGGGUGUUUGUAGGGAGAGGGGGGUUGUUGAUGAAGAAAGUAGUCAGGGUGGCGGUGGGGAGGGUGAGAAGCAAGAGAAGCAGGAGGAUGAGACUCGGGAGAGUGAUGCUGCGCAGUCGACCAGUGCGCCGGUAGCAGAACCAGCACCAGCACCAGAACAAGAAACAGAAACCGCACCGGAAGAACCACGAGAACCGUCUAGAGGAUCUUCUCAACCGCAACCGCAACCACAGCGACAAUCAAUACCCUCUUCCGCACCUCAACACCAACCUCAUCCCCAACCUCGACCUCAAACUCAACUUCAAUUUCAACCCCAACCCGUGGCAACAACGGCGACAGCCACGACGGCGACAGCAGCGCAAGACAGCCCUUGGCUAGACCGCGCGAUUAUCGGUGUUCUCAUCGCGUUGAUCGUCACCAUUAUGCGGAGGGUAUUCAGAGACGAGGACGGGGAUGUUUGA